UUGAAAGGAGGAAAAGGAGGAAACAGUACUGAGACGUUGAGAAUAGAGGACUCUAACAACUGUAGCGCGCAAUCAACAUCAGUGUUUGUCAUAUAUAUAUUUUUUUUUAAAUAAGAUCUUGUCAGAAUUGUAAUAGGAGAAGGAAAUAGCAAAUAUUCAACUAGUUAUCCAUUUGACUGUUUUAUUUUAUUGUCUUGAUAUCGGCUUCAUCCUAAAAAGGGAUGCAUUUGUUGAGCAUGUCCACCAAAUGGCCGUCCUACGACUCCCGCUCCUCCACCCCCAGCUUCCUCCUCAGUGAGAGCGACGCGACGGAGGAUGAGGCAGACAUUGAUGUCUUCACCUCCGAAAGCGAGGGAGAUAGCUCAGGGGUUGGCAAGACCUGCUCAGUACCCUUCUCCCUGGCCGGGGGUGGCGAGGCAGCCCCUAGGUUACACUGGUCCAUGGCUGGGAGUGGACAAGCGGAAUGCUUUCCCCACACCACCAUCUACCCAUCCAUGGUGGCUUCCUCUUGCAGUGCUGCAUUCUACACAAAGGAAAGCACAGAGGAGACAACGCAAGGAGACCUGGCCUUCGCUCAGAAAUGUUCAGAGCUACAAAAGUUUAUCAGACCCCUGUUGGAGCUUCUGAAUGGACUCAAGACGGGGAGAUUUGAGAGAGGACUUAACAGUUUCCAGUCGAGCGUUGCCAUCGACAGACUACAGAGGAUCCUGGGUAUUCUUCAGAAACCUGACAUGGGAGAGAAAUUCCUCCGCACCCUCCUGCAGGUAGAGAUGAUGCUGAAGAUGUGGUUCCCCCAUGUGACCCCUGUCGCUGCCACCCAGAACCCCACACCCAGUCUUCCGCCACGAUGGCACCAAAAUCAGCUGUGUAUGCCAGUCAAAAAGCGCAAGCUUAGCUGGUUGGACUCUGAUUUCCCCAGUGCCGCCCCACCCAGCUGCAAGCGCCUGCAGCGUGAGGACAACUACCAGGAAGUGACCUCACAAGACUUUAGCCUUUUGAACACAGACACUUAUAGCCCGUCAUGUCUGACUGUCAGCAGGAGAAGAAAGGGAAAUAAGAGGCUUGACAUUUCACCUUGCUCUGCAUGUGGUAGCCCAGCCACACAAGACAGCCGUGUCUCCUCAACCCAUCUGGUGUUUCACUCACAUCAGUUCUCCCUCCAUGGACAUCAGCCACGGAGAUGCCACAGCGGGCCUGGCACAGUGAAGACACAGACCAAUAUUACAUCAGUGGGAAUCCAAAGGAGGAGUCAAUCUAUCCCCACAUUACUAAGGUCUAUGAAACAAGAGCUGGAGUAGAAGCACAGACACAUAAAAGUGGACAUAAAACUGAACUCUGAACUCAUUGUACCUUUUAACCAUCUUUCAUUUUUCAUUUUUUUACUGAAAUUUACCUGGGAAUAUUUUUUAUGGUUGAUGUGAUAAAGCAGUGUUGAGUAAUAAAUAAAUAAAU